AUGUCUGGCCGCCGCCAAUCAGUUCGAAGUGCUCGCAAACGUUUCCAAGUGAACACCUUUGCGCCCGGCGGAACUAUCAACGAUCCGCUGAACAUUGAAGUUGAGAUAAAUAGCACAUCGGAUAAGGUGUUUGGUGAGGAAUUGAAUGGAAAACCGCCGCCGCAGAAAAAGAAGAAGUUUGAGCAUGAUCAGGUGUCGCCGAUGAAACAUGUGAGUUUUUUGGGAGGAAUUUUGGAAAUAUUAAAAAAAGGAGCGAGUGUAGACCGCAAGCUUCCGCGCAGCGGCCACGCGGAUUUCUAUGACGUUUGCCAUAUCAUAGUAAACCGCGUGGCCGCUGAAGCGGAAGAUAGUGCCGCUGACGCGGAAGCUUCCGGUUUACACUCGCGACUUGCGUCGCUCGAUCAAAAUUUGGGCAUAGCUUCCGCAUCUCCGCUGAAAUAUUAA